AUGACGGCGUUGUACAAGGACACGCGGCCGGAGAUGGUGAGCAUGCUCUACCUGCUCUCGCCCGUGUCCCUGCUCCUGCUCAACCCCGUGGGCUUUUUGCUCAUGGGCGCCGCGUCGCCCGGGCCCGACGCGCCCCCGGACGACGACGACGACGUCGCGCCGACGAUCGAGGACUCGCCGCGGCCGUCCGCGGCGUCGGCGCCGCGCGGGCCCGAGCGCGACCCGGGCCGCGUGCUCCUGCGCGUCGUGCGCACGCCCCUCGUCGCCUGCACGGUCGCCGGCGCGCUCUUCAACGUCGUCUUCGGCCCGUCGGCGCUGCCGUCGCCCUUCGCGAUGGCGCUCGGCGCGCUCGGGGCCGCGUUCACGCCAUGCGCCUUGUUCUUCACGGGCCUGAGCCUCGUGGGCAAGGUCACGAAGCUCCACCCGUCGGCGCUCCUCCUGCCGGGCGUGCUGUCGGGCAUCAAGUGCGUCGUCUUACCCAUCGCCAUCUACCUGGCCGUGGGCCUCACGGGCGGCGACGGCGACCUGCGGGGCUUCGGCUUCGUCUACGGCGCGAUCCCGACGGCGCCGUCCGUGCUCGUCUACGCCCACGAGUACCUGGGCCACGACCCGGAGACGGCGGCGACGACGGCCGUGAGCCUUGUUGUUUGUACUCUCGCUUCCACCCCGGUCGUGCUCUUCGCCGGCCUGGUCAUCCAGGCGGGCCACGUCGGCGUCGUCCUCGACGAGUACGCGCGGACGACGGACGCCUACCUGUGCGUGCCGUCCUGCGUCCUCGCGGCCUGGGUCGCGGCGUCGUUCUACGCGACGUGGCGCGCGGACUGGGCGCGGCGGAAAGACGAAACGGGGGCGGCGGCGUGGAAGCCCGCGGACACGCGCGUGCUCCUGCUCGUCGUGAACGCGGGCUGCCACGCCCUCGGCGCCCUCGACACGGCGACGUGCGGCUCGCGGGUCGGCGGCGGGUCCUUGGACGCGCCGCGGGCCGUCGUCGCGUCCGUCGUGCGUUUAGCGACGUGCGGCACCGCGGCGGCCGCGGCGCUCCUCGUGCGCGACGGCGCGGCGCCCGCGAAGGCGGACCACGAGGAGCCCCUGCUCCCCGGGGAGGCGCCGCCGCCCGUGCGGCGGCGGCGCCGCGCGGCGGCGCUCGCCUUCGCGGUCGCGGCGCCCGUCGUCCUGUCGUUCGCCGUCGCCGUCGCGCGGCCGCGGCGGCGCCUGCCGCGCGACGAGCUCUGCGGCUACCCCUACGGCCGGCCCCAGUACGGCGCGUCCGUCGCCUACCUGGGCGUGACCCUCGCGCUCUGCCUGCUGGGCCUCCGGAAGGCGCGGGAGACGCAGGAUAGGUACUACGCGCGGUCGCGCCAGGAUCUGGCGGCGCUCGACGCGGAGACGAAGGCGCCCGACGACCUCCCCGGCGGCGCGGACACGCUCGACGGCACGGCGGACCUCGCGGCCUUCGGGGCGUCCCUCGGGCGGCGGCGCCAGCAGCUGUCGCUGUCGUUCUCGUCGCUGCCGGGCGACGACCCGCGCGACGCGACGGACACGCGCCUCGCGGCCGCCGUGGGCCACCGCCUGCUGCUCUUCAUCCUCCUCCACGUCAUCCACGCCUUCCUGAACAUCUGCGCCUGCGCCGCGCGCCUCGGGCCCCGCGACGGCUUCGGGAAGGCGGGGUCGACGGUCAAGGUGCUGAGCCUCAUCGCGGACACGUUCUCGUCGUCCAUGGGCAUCUUCAUCUUCCUCGUCUUCGGGCUCGCGCGGCACCAGGUGCUGUGGCGCGCGACGUCGGACCAGCUCAAGCGCCUCUGCUGCGUCCCGCGGCGCCAGCGCGGCGGCGCCAGCCCGUCGGGGCUGGUCCGCGCGCUCUCGUCGUCGAGCGCCGGCUCCGACGGCCGCCGCCGGCACGCGCGGGACCGCCUCACGUCCUUCGACGUCAACGAGCCCUACGUGAGCCGCGCCGUCGAGUCCUGCCUGAAGCAGAUCGCGAGCUUCGACGUCGUGCUCCUCGGCGCGAAGCGCGGCGACGCGGGCGACUACGCGCUCGCCGCCGACCUCGUCCGAGAACUAAGAAAAAAGUCGGGGCGGCCCGUGGCCCUGGGCCUCGACGCGGCGCCCUUGGGCGCCGGCCCGGCCCUCGCCGGCGGCGACUGGCUCAAGACCGCCGACGCCUGGCCCGCCGUCGCGGCGGCGGGCGACGCGUCGUACCUCGAGCCGCUCCAGACCCUCCAGCGCGACCGCGUCGUGGGCGACGUCGUGCCGCUGGGCGUCGCCGCCGAGGCCAUGGGCCGCGUGCAGCGCGACGGCGGCAUCGCGGCGCUGAGCGAGGCCGAGCGGAACGCGUACGUCGACGACGUCGGCGCGUUCGUUCGCUACGCGAAGCUCAAUCCCGGCUUCGACGUCUACGCGAAGCGCGUCAUCGAGCGGCGCUACCGCGCCGCGGGCUACGCGAACAUCAGCGGCGCGCCGGCCUACGCGGACUUCUUCGCGUCGACGAUCCUCUACGACGAGGCCGCGGCGAGCCUCGCGGCGCGCUACAAGCGCUCGGCGCCGGGCGGCCUGCUGGUCUGCGUCGUCGGCGAGGACCACGUCAAGUUCGGCUACGGCGUCCAGGGCCGCCUCGACCGCUUGGAGGUCGACCCGGACAAGGCCGGGUCGCCGACGUUCCGGUCGACGUCCGUGCUCCUGAACCCGACGGCCGAGAGCAGCGGGUCCCUGUCGGCGUCGCUGCGCCUCGCGCUCGCCGCGGACCAGAAGGUGACGCGGCCGCUGGCGAACUACGUCUGGUUCUCCGAGUCGCCGAAGCCGGCACUCAUCUCCCACAUGAUGAACCCCAUCGACGGCAACUUCAAGAUCGACCUCGGCCUGAGCCUGCCGAGCCUCUAA